AUGUCAAUGGUCGGUCCAAAAUGGAUAGCAUUGUUAUCCGCACUGCUGCUUAUCGACAUAUCAACUGCAGGAACGCCCGCACCAGAGCAGUUCUUUCACUCUCAAAUUGUUGAUCAUAUUGAUCCAGAUGGACCAUACGGUGGAGAAACCUAUGCCCAUCGAUAUUACACCUGGAAUGCAUCAUUUGCUGGUCCAGGGUCGCCCAUCUUUAUGAUCAUGGGAGGUGAGGGUCACAUUUCACCUGAGACAGGAUUGUACUAUCCCUUCAUCACGCAUCAUUUGGCACCCAAAUUCGGUGCUUAUGUGUUGCAGCCUGAGCACAGGUUUUACGGAAAGUCUCAGCCUCUCUUUCACCGAAGGGAUAGUCCUUUCUCAAGUCGGCGUUAUAAGCAUGAUCAGCGAGAAGAGCUCUUUACAAGUGAGCAGGCGUUGCACGAUUAUAUGAAUCUUUUGACUCAUACCCAAACGGAGCUUGGGUGUUCGCUGGACAGAACGUCGGAUUUGUACUGUCCUGUUAUCACAGUGGGUGGAUCGUACCCUGGAUUCUUGAGCGCUCUUGCACGUGUCAUGUUUCCCAAUAAGGUGGACAUUGCAUAUUCUGCAAGUGCGCCAAUGUUGUUCUAUGCUCAAAAGGUUGAGCAGGAGGCAUACUAUGACCAUAUCACCAAGGUGGCAAAUGAGACUCGAGCUGGGUGUGCAGAAGAUGUCCGCAAGGCCCUUUUCGAAGUUCAAGUGAAAAUCAUGCGGGAUGAAUUCGACAAUGACGAUUUGGGCAUCUGUGAAUAUUCAAUUCCUGAUUAUAUUGAGUUUGAGGAACAACUGGUGAACGAACUGAUGAUGGUAGUUGGAUACACGUUUGCGAACGACAACAUGGCAAACUACCCACCAGGGAAUGAAACAAGACUCUACAAGACUUGUGAGAUCUUUGCGUGUACAAAAUCCAGCUCCUUAGAAAAAGUAAAGAACUUUCUCUUGGCUCGAUUGGCAAAAGGAAAGACUUGUUGGGAUAUGAGUGCCCAACUUCCUACUGGUGACAACGCUACAAUUACAAGUGGCGACUGGAGUGGAGUGGGUACUGGAGCAGAUGGAGAAAGCUGGGACUUUCAGACAUGUACUCGAGAGGUGGAACAUAUUGGCUUUUCGGAAUGGUCCAUGUUUCCAGAUCGCCCAUGGUCUAUGGACUGGUUGAAGGAUCAUUGCAUGACCCGAUUUGGAGUUGUUCCUGAUCCACAUGGUAUGGUUCGUCAAUGGGGAUUCGACAAGUUGGCCGAGAACAAAGUUCGUCGUAUAGUGUUUACCAACGGUCUAAAGGACGGCUGGUCGGUAGGGGGAUUCAAGAGUGACCUGUCGGAGUCUUUGCCAGUGAUCAACUUUCCCAAUGGAGCCCACCACUCCGAUUUGACCGGGAAAGGUCCCAGCGAUGCUGAUUCGGAGGACAUUCAAGAAGGAUUCAAAACCGUCUCCGGCAUUAUCGAGAAGUGGCUGAAUGAGGUCAAGUCAGAUUCUAGUACCACAAGACGAGUACUACGAGCUGCAGUUUAG